GCAGACCUCACCGCGCUGGUUUUGGAGUGCAACACUUAACCAACUAUUUACGGCCAACGGUUUACAGCUCGUGUUAAGGUUUCAGAUGUAAAUCGAGUUGUGACGUCAAUGCGCAGGAGUGCAACUAUAACCGGACCGCGUAAUCGACCGACUCGUAAAGUAUACUGUUAAAAGGUUUUUUUAAUAGUAGAUUUGACCGCAUUUUGUGUUUAAAUACUUAAGUAAAAACAGUAGUCCGGCAAAAUUGUAUAUAGAUAACAAUGACAACGAAAAAACACGUAAUAAUUCAAACUUUGAGAUUGUAUUUGAGCAGUAAAUCAAAAACUGUAUCCUUUGUAUACCCCGAGUUAAUUUUGAAUGUACAAAAGGCUUUUACGAGCUUUGUACCAUGAAAAGUCAUCGCAACACGAUUCGUUCGGGAACACUGUACGAGACACAUAACAACUAAAACAAACAAAUAUUCACUUCAAAUUCGCUCCAAAAAGUUCAAACGAUUCAAAUUUAGAACAUAAAUUAUUCCGUUUAAAGUGAAGUUCAGUUAAACAAAACGUAGAAGUAUCGUAUGUCCUUUUGUUUCGUUCAGAAAUGACUAAGCGAUUAAGUUUAGAAAUCUACUGAUUUGCUUGGCAGGGAAACUUUACGGGACCUUAUGUUUACAAACUAAUUGGUGUAUAUUAAAUUUCCAAACCGCUAAGUCUUGACGUAAUACAAUAAUAUACAACACCAUUAACCUGCAUGUAUUAAGUCUGCUGGUAAGUAUCCAUUACGUGUGGCCGUAAAAUGAAAAUAACUUGAGGCAUUAGUAGUGUUAUAUGCCAUUGUGAUGCUGGGAACCAAGUUUGUUCCCAAUUUGUUCUGAGAACGCGGUGACACGUCCUGACAUAGAAAUGGAAAGGAUUCGUUGCUCCUAGCAGCAGACGGUUUUAGAUGGGCUUCCCCGAACUAUAUUACAUGUACCUUUAAAUACGAAGGCGUGACUACAUGUUAAGUGGAAGAUACUAACGCGGCGUCUUCCUGAAACCCGCCCUCUUUCCCACUCCCGACCUAUAAAUAUGACGCUGAAACGUAUUCGCUUCAGUCGUUCAGGAAAGCUCGGAGUGUGCACUGUGCCAAAUCAAAGCGUUCCCUAGUGACAACGUGUUACAAAACUUGUUGACAACAAUACAUUGUUUUAUUGAACUCACAGUUUUACAAAGAAUAAAUUUCGUGUGAUUUUUGGAUUGUUCAGUGUUAUAUCAGAGUGCUGCAACAUGUUGGACAAAACCAUCCUCGGUGGUAGUUGGGAAAGCGUGGUGUCGCGAGACGACUACGAGAUUGACUACAACUCGAGCCCGAGAGGGUCUCCACUCAAGGACACGUCCAACCUUCAAGACGAGCCUGGCUACUGCAUCAGCCGCCACAACCCUAACAAGACGUUCCGCAGAGAGUCUGUCAUAGCUUCGUGGAAGAGCCUGAAGAAGGAGAGGGAGCUGGCUUUAGGCAAGCGUUUUAUAUACGUCGAUGCUGACAGUUACCAGGACUACUACGGCAGGAACAAGGUCAAGCGUUGCAAGAGCGACAGGACCCCAAACACAACUAAGUUGCCGAAGAAAGUUAAGCGUACAUACUCUGUCCUGUACAGGUAUGACCCCUCUGAGGAGAAGGUGGUUAAGGAGUACAAGUAUCAGCUGCCUGCAGAGCAGGAGCAAGCCAACCGCCCCGUCAUGCAGAAGUCUUAUUCCGAACCUUUCUUAAGGCAGGAGGCUGCACCAAAGAAGAAGGUCAAGAGAUCGUUCACCACACUCUUGAACAUCAAAACGAAGUUCUUGAACAUCUUCACGUCCAAGAGUUAAAUUGCUGACGGAAUUUAACUUGGAUUUAUUGCUCAAUUCAAUGCAUUUUAUGAUUGGUGUUAAUGGUUAUUUACGCGGCCGUUUAGCCAUUAUCUAGUCAAAAUUUUUGUAUGAGAUUCAAUGACAUAAUCGUCUUAUAUUUGGUUGGAUAAAAGAAAAACACAUGUUGAUGUCUCAACGUCAAAAUUCUGAUCAAUUCUUAGUUUUUUAUACUGUAUUAAAAGUACCAAAUGUAUUCAUUAAUGUUAAGUUUAGUUUAUAAAUUGUGAUAUUUUGUGUGUUGUGAUAAUAUUUUUAAAACAUAAAGUUUCUUUGCUAUAAGUUCGUCUUACAGUAACAGAUAACUUUGCAUUUUUAUGAUUAUAUCAAUAACCAAAGAUUAAUUUAUAACAUUAAUUGCUUGGAUAUAAUUCUUUAUGUUAAAGUCAACAGAAAUGUGUGUUAACGUAAAUGCAAUUAUAGAAAAUCAUUGUGAGAUAAUGCACUUUUAUA